GUUACUCAUUUACUGACAUUCACUGACACCACAUUCUUUAUUUCACUCUUUUGUUAAUUUUCUUGUUAAAACAUAUCUUGUCAUGUAAUGGCCACUUCGGCAAAGAAACAGAAAUUAGACAGCUCCGACGAAGAUUCCUUACCAACAUGUCCAUAUGGGGCUAAAUGUUAUCGGAAAAAUCCAGAACAUUUUAAGCAGUACAUUCAUAAAAAGGAUAAACUAGCUAAUUCGACUUCAAAGCCGGACUCUACUACAGCUGUUGAUACAAGCAAACUGCCACCUUGUAAAUAUGGAUCGAAUUGUUACAGGACAAACUUAUUGCACUUUGCCGAAUAUUCUCAUCCGUUUGGUAGUGCACCCAUUAAAAAUGAUAGCGAUACAGAAGACUACGACAGUGACAGUGAUUCCAGUGUUCCACGAACAGAUGAAAUUCUACUGAAGAAAAGUUUCUCAAAUAUGACGGAUUCUGAGCGUAGAAAGUUAGUGGAGGAUGCCUUCGCUGAAAAGAAAAGACUGCAAAAAGAACUUGAAAAAUCGCGAAAUAUCAUAGAAGAAAAAGAAAAGGAGAUGGAAAAACUCCAAGAAGAAGUUAAUAGGGGUGUUUUACUUGUAGAUGGCGAAAAGGAGGCUCUUGAGGGGAAUGAAACUAAAUACUUUCCGUUAUUUGCUGAACGUUCAUAUAAAGAAGGUUCUGCCGACCAACUUCAUUUCCGUUUAGCAGAAUCCCAAUUCUACCGACUUUUGGGAGGCAAUAAUUUUCGUAUAACCAAAGUUGAAUAUGUGAUAAAUCCUGUACUGGUGGCCAACUUUAAAGAAGCUCAAGAGGAAGUUAAAAACAAAAGGGGUGAAGAAUACUCUUAUCCGAUUUUGGCUUUUCAUGGAACCGAUCAAAACAAUAUUACACCGAUUUGUGAAAAUGGAUUUAAAGUACCAGGUGAUAAGGGAUUUAAACAUAAGACUGAUACAGGGUAUUACGGAGCGGGUGUUUACUUUAGCGAAUACCCCUCUUACGCGAUGAGCUAUAUUCGAGGUGGUUCAAAAUUAUUACUGAGCCAAGUAAUUCAAGGAAAAAUUUUUAAGUGUCAAGGCCUUAUUCAAGGUAGACCGUGUGAAGAUAAUUAUGAUUCUCAUACUUCGCCGUGUAAGAAGGAAAUAGUCAUUUUUCACUCUGAUCAUAUCCUUCCACAAUAUAUCGUACAUUAUAAACAAGUAGCCGGAGAAUUCCGUUAUAUAAAACCGAAAGAAAAAAGGAAACCAUUUCCCGGAGGACGUAAAUUAAAAGAACUAUUCGAAGAAGCAGAUAAAAUGAAAGCAUCAAAAAUUCUUAGUGGACAACAUUUUAAAUUGUCGGGAAGAAUGAUAGCAACGCAGAGUAAAAUUAAAUCACUUGUUGAAAGACACGGUGGUAUAUUGUCAACAAGCACGUUGUAUAAUGUAAUACAUGUUUCAACCAUUGACGAGUGGAAAAAAUCAACAAAAACAACUACUGCAAUUACGGGAGCAUUCGGUGGAACAACAUCUUCAUAUGCAAUGACUGUUAGGGAAGAUUUUUUUUAUGAUAGCAUAAUUGAAGGUGAAAAGGCAGAUCCUGAAAAUUACGCUUUGGAUGAUUGA